UCUUUCCCUCUCUCAACUCACUCACUCUCUCUCUCUCUCUCUCACUCUAAAACCGCUUUUCUAAACCACGCUUCUUUCUCACUUGAAAAACACUCUCUUCUCUCUGCUCGACUCCUCUCGAAGUCGAAGACGUAUGUAGCUGAAAGCCGCUGAUUCAAAUGGCGUUUCAAGACCACGAAAUGGCUUUCGAGUCUUUUGGUGACCACGAGAACAGAGAAAUGCAACAGCGGCUCUCCGCGUCCGGAGGAUCGGGAGCGCCCACGUGGCUCAGCGACGCGAUUCUCAGGAGAAACGACGACGACGAUGACGAAGACGUCGUUCCGGGCACCAUGCCGCCGGGUGCUGAAGGCUCCAACGAGAGCGAGCGAGAGUGGGAGAGCACGAGGCACAAGGCGGAGAUAGCGGCGCACCCGCUGUACGACCGCCUGCUGGACGCUCACGUCGCCUGCCUGAGGAUCGCCACGCCGGUCGACCAGCUGCCGAGGAUCGACGCGCAGGUCGCGCAGUCGCGGCGCGUGCUGGCCAAGUACUCGCUGCUCCCAAACGGCGAGGUGGACGAGAAGGAGCUCGAUCAGUUUAUGACACAUUAUGUUCUAUUGCUCUGUUCCUUUAAAGAACAAUUGCAACAACAUGUCCGUGUCCAUGCCAUGGAAGCAGUAAUGUCUUGUUGGGAGCUUGAGCAGUCUCUACAAAGCUUAACAGGUUUGUUUAUGAGAUUAUCGACUGUCUUCCACAAUAUUUGUACUGAAGUAGGCCGCCUCUUCUUUCUUCAUUCAAAAAGUGUAUCUCCAGGUGAAGGUUCAGGUGCUACAAUGUCUGAUAAUGAAGAUGACCAAGCAGAUAGUGACACCAACUUGUAUGAUGGAGGUAUGGAUGGGCUUGACAGCAUGGGGUUUGGUCCUCUCAUCCCAACUGAAAAUGAGAGGUCCUUGAUGGAGCGUGUAAGGCAAGAACUGAAGCAGGAGCUAAAACAGGGUUACAAGGAGAAAAUCGUAGAUGUCAGAGAGGAGAUUCUACGUAAGAGAAGAGCAGGAAAACUGCCAGGCGACACCACCUCCCUCUUAAAAGCUUGGUGGCAAUCACAUUCUAAGUGGCCAUACCCAACGGAAGAAGACAAAGCAAGGUUGGUGCUGGAAACUGGCUUGCAACUAAAGCAAAUAAAUAACUGGUUCAUAAAUCAAAGAAAAAGGAAUUGGCAUAUUAAUCCUUCACCUUCUACUGUUUUGAAGAGCAAACGCAAGAGAAGUAAUGCAGGUGAAACGAGCACGCAGCAUUAAUGUUAACUGGACGGAUUGGAUGAGAAACUAGUUAUAUAUCUUUGUGUCCAAAUCUUUUGGAAGUUUAGAGUCAGAUCACACCAUUUUGAUAGAUAGAACUGCAUGCAAGUGAAGAUGACCAAGACUAUUUGCAGAUCUUUAUCUGGCUGAUAUGGAGGACUUAGCUGCCACCUGAUACCUAUGGGUGUUUUGACCUAAGCACUGAUCAGUUGCAGUCAAACAGGUAUGCUUGAGGGCAUUCUCAUAUAUUUGAUAUCUGUACCACAAUCUCAUCCAAGAGUUUUGAACUUGAAGCAUAUGACUGGAAGAAAUACAUGUGGAUAGCCUUUUUUUAACACCUGCCUAUGGAUCUAGAUAGCAUUUUUUGUAUCACGUUACUCUGGAUUUAAUGUGUCUGAUUUUGGCAUCUUCAUCUGAAAAUGAUAAUGGCCAUAAGUUAUGGGUGUAUGAAUCAGCUCAUUUAUGGAUAUAGUGAAGUAUUGACAUUA